GUGGGGGGUACAGGCAAGGCUGGAGGAGAGGAUGGAAACAGAGAAAGAGGGAGGGAAAGAGCCCAGGCCCAAAUAAAGCUAUGGGGGUAGAACUGGGCUGGGUCCCCCUCUGCUUUAAAUACGCUGGCCACCUGCAGGUUCGGGUUUGGUGGUUGGGGCUCGGCACCGGCGACCACCACAGCUGCUGCAGCCUUCCUCAGGAGAGUCUCAUCAUCAGUGUUCUGGGCAUCCAAGAUGCCUCGGGUGGACGCAGACCUCAAGCUGGACUUCAAGGAUGUCCUGUUCAGACCCAAAAGGAGCAGCCUGAAGAGCCGCUCGGAGGUGGAUCUUCAAAGGACCUUCACAUUCCGCAACUCCAAGCAGACCUACACCGGCAUCCCCAUCAUCGCAGCCAACAUGGACACCACCGGGACGUUUGAGAUGGCACAAGUUCUCAGUAAACACACCCUCUUCACAGCCAUCCAUAAACACUACUCUGUUGAAGACUGGAAACACUUUUCUGCUGACCAUCCAGAAUGCUUAGAGAAUGUAGCUGCUAGCUCAGGGAGCAGCAAUGCAGAUUUGGAGAAGCUGUGUGCCAUCGUGGAGGCCGUCCCUGCUCUCAAAUACAUCUGCCUGGAUGUGGCCAACGGAUACUCUGAGUACUUUGUGGAGUUUGUCAAGAAAGUGAGAGAAAAGUUCCCCAAACACACCAUCAUGGCUGGAAACGUAGUAACAGGGGAGAUGGUGGAGGAGCUCAUACUCUCUGGUGCUGACAUAAUCAAAGUGGGUAUCGGACCAGGUUCUGUGUGCACAACAAGGAUCAAGACAGGAGUGGGUUAUCCACAGCUGAGCGCUGUCAUAGAGUGUGCAGACUCAGCCCACGGACUCAAAGGACACAUCAUCUCUGAUGGGGGCUGCAGUUGUCCAGGAGAUGUAGCAAAGGCCUUUGGCGCUGGCGCUGACUUUGUCAUGAUGGGAGGAAUGCUGGCAGGUCACGACGAGUGCACUGGGGAAAUCAUUGAGAAGAACGGCAAGAAGUACAAACUCUUCUAUGGAAUGAGCUCCGACACAGCCAUGAAGAAAUAUGUGGGUGGAGUUGCAGAGUACAGGGCAUCUGAGGGGCGGACAGUGGAGGUUCCUUACAGAGGGGAUGUAGAAAAUACCAUCCGUGAUGUCCUGGGUGGACUCCGCUCCACGUGCACUUAUGUGGGAGCAGCCAAACUUAAGGAGCUCAGCCGGAGAACCACCUUCAUCCGAGUCACGCAACAAUCCAGCCAAAUGUUCACUUAGGGAGGGGAAUCUCCUUCUCAAACAGAUACAACAAACACUAUGGCUCCAUCAUGCUAUUGUGCAUGUCUAUGCAAAGUGUCAGACUGCUGUGUGCCAUAAAAACCCUGUUUGGAUCAGGGUGUGUGCUGUUAGAAAUCUUCAAACCCUGCAGGUUCUAUACACAUGCAUUAUUCUUCUAACUCUCAAAACAAAAGCACAUGCUUACUGACUCAGUAACAUUAUGUAAUUAGGCAUGUAAUAUGAUGGGAAUGUGCAAAUUUAAUGCUCCAAUGACAACCUGCUAGAUAACUGCAUCCUGGCUUAUGGGAAUUAAAUAAAGAGCCAUAUCACUGAGUGUGAAUGUGGUCCUAAUUCCAUCUUUCAGCAACUGUUUAAUUCCAUUUUGAUAUUUCCGCAUUCACAGCAAAUCACUAAUUACCUGAACACGAGCUGUAUUACUUACAACUCAUGUAAAUGAACUUUUCAGGAGGAGGGUAGCACCAUUCUGGGACGUUUUUUCCGAUUUGUGAUGAAUUAGUAAAUUUAAAAUGCAAGAUCCAGAAAGUCAAACCUUUAAUUCUCGUUGGAGGAAUCAUGUGGCAAUAAACUCCAUGCAGAAACCUC